UACAAAACGCUUCGAGCGUGGGAGGGGUCGCCCCUCUUUACUCAUAUACGCCUGACCAGUCCGGGUUUUAGCAUGUUCGUUGGCGAGACCCAAAGCUUGACGCUUUGGCUUAUUUCGGAACUAUUUUCUUUUGGCUGAAAAGAAAUGUACGAACUAACUCGCCAAACUUUGUGUGAUAAGUAGGCUGAAGCUUCGGGAUUCACGAGGAAAGGGAAACAAGAGGAGGGCACAGACAGAAGGAAGGGAGGAAUAAAACGAAAGAGGCAAAAAUGACUUGGAACUGUGUGGGAAGACAUGGGAGGAGCUUGCAAAGUAUAAACUUGGAUGUUUCCUAGCAGUGGAGAGCCUCAGCACGGUAAACGAUGCCAAAAGUAAAUGAAGAGGACGAAUGCACCGUCGCAUUAACAGAACAUUUAGCGGAUAUUCUUUAAAGUUCAGUCUUCUGGAAUAUCCGCGAGACGCCCGCAGCUCAGGAACUGACGCUGGGAUCAACUGUUCGGGUGCACUGGAGCUGGACUCGGUGUGGCAUGCGUGGAUCAAAUAUUCCUGCAUAGACCAAUAAGACUCUCUUGUCCUAAAAGAAAGAAAGCGAACAUUUGUCAUAAGAUGAUCUGGCCAUUGUUUUUGCUGCUCUGUGCUGCCGGCGUGUUGUCGUCUUCCACCCAGGUGGCUACAAUCUACCCUCAAGACCCUGCCCUUCCCAUCGGCUCCAGCCUGACAGCCACAUGCUCAGUGAAUCCAGACCACGGCGUUCAUGCAGGCUCACUCUACUGGACACUAAACGGGAAGCGUCUUCCCAGCAGCACCUACAGCGUUUUGAGCCCCACCGUGCUCAGUGUCACCCUCCCGCGGCUCUCGGGGUCCCGCCAACGCUCCGGAGACAACCUUGUGUGCCAUAACAGCGGGGGUCAUGUGCUGGCCGGCUCCUGCAUCUAUGUUGGCAUGCCUCCUGAGAAACCUGUGAAUCUUACCUGCUGGUCCAGGAACACUAAAGACCUCACCUGUAGAUGGGCCCCUGGGGGCCAGGGAGAAACCUUCAUCAAGACAAAAUACACACUCAAAUAUAAGCUCAGGUGGUAUGGACGAGAAAAGGAGUGUGAGGACUACAACGCGGGAGAGCCGUACACAUGCUACAUCCCCCGCGACCUCGCCCUCUUCACGCCCUACGAGAUAUGGGUGGAGGCAUCUAACCAACUCGGAACUGCAACAUCUGAUGUCAUCUACUUGGAUAUCUUAGACGUGGUGACAACAGACCCACCGACUGACGUGACAGUGAGCCGAGUGGGCGACCUGGAAGACCAGCUGACCGUGCGUUGGGGGACACCGCCUGCACUAAAAGACUUCCUCUUUCAGGCCAAAUACCAGAUCAGAUACAGACUUGAGGAAAGCAUCGACUGGAAGGUGGUGGAUGAUGUUGGGAACCAGACUUCCUGCAGACUGGCAGGGUUGCGGCCAGGCACAGUGUAUUUUGUGCAGGUGCGCUGUAAUCCGGUUGGGAUUCUGGGAUCUAGGAAAGCAGGCAUUUGGAGUGACUGGAGUCACCCAACAGCAGCCUCAACACCACACAGUGAGCGGCUGCUGACAGGGUCAUGUGACUCAAAGGCAGGGCAGCAGAACUCCACGUUGCGGCGGGACUUAAAGCAGUUCUUUGGCUGGGUGCGCAAACACGCCUAUGGUUGCAGCGGGAUGAGCAUCAAACUUUAUGAUCAGUGGCGGGUCUGGCUGCAGAAAUCUCACAAAACACGCAACCAGGUUGGUUCUUCAAGGAGAUAAAUCAUAGCACGUCGCUCCUGGCAGGCAGAACAUUUAACAACAACAGCACACUGUGGAAGAAUUCACAUUUUCCAGACCGCUGCUUGGCUCAGUGCAAGGAAGUUAAAGUACAGCUGGUUAAAGUACAAAGGUGACGGGCAUUUGGUCCCUUGGACACAGAUUGAAUUGUGCAGUUCUCUACAACGCCUUAUUAUACAGGAAAACAAACUGUUAAACGUCUUUCUUUGAUAAUAGCCAUGAAGAUCAUGUGGAUUAUAUCCUCGCAUCUCGCUAUCCGUGGAGACAAGUUCUUGAUCGUGUCGGGGAGCAAUUAAUUACAGGUCAUAAUUUGCACAUUUACUUAGAGGAUGGCCACACUUGAGCAAUGCUUAGCUGACGUGACACAUAGUCUAUAUGUGGACCCAUGACGUUUUCAGAUCUUGCUAACUUUAGCUGACCUGUAUGUUAAAGAGGUUCCUCAUGGACAAAUGAAAAAAUGUCUGGAUGUUUUUCAGCCAAUGGUUUGUGUAACUUCAAGACAACUGGAAGAAUUGUAAGACCAUCCAGUUUUACCAAAGGUACCUUUCAUGAAUGUUUGAGUGUGACAGUUGUGACUAUAUGACAGCAGUUUACCUAAAAAAAUGGACAGGUAUACCUCACAGAACAUCUUGCCACUUUUAAUCUCCUGUUUCUUUUAGUAACCGGCACAUGGCCUAUCAAAAGUUGCAAUGCAAUGCUGAACAUAUCAAUCCAUAGAAAAAGACCCGUUGCGUUUGAAACUCAGUUCUAAUGUUGGACCCUCUGACAUUCACUAUAUUCAGGAUCUACACUAAAUUAACAUGUUGGAAACUCAGUGGACUCCAUUUAAUGAAUGGAGAGGAAAGUUAUGGCCAGCCAAUGUUCUCUCUCGUGUUUAUAUAUGUGUUGCAGUUACAAAACUGUAACUGUGUUUGUAGCAUUGAACUGUUUGAAAAUAAUUUUAUGUAUUGAGACAUUUUACUGCUUUUAUUUUUGUACUGAAUUGUAUCCGCAUAUUUAAUUUUAAAGUUAUGUUUUGACUCUUAAGUUAUGUGUAGGUAGAUUAUAUUAUUAUUGACUGAAUUGUUAAACCCUAAUAUUGUCCAUAAAAUCAUUCUUUAAGAUAAAACGUAUGAACUUUUGAACUUCUUGACAGAACAAAAUCAGUAUUUUUGUCUUAUAAACUUGUCUAGGAAUCAUAUAAAGCAAGAAAAUUCUACUUCAGAAAUAAAUGUGUUUUCAGAGAAUGUAAGUUCUUCUUACCACA